UUUUCCCUUAAUUGUAUGUUUGCAAUAAAUUUUUAAUCACAUAGGAAACAUGUAAAUUGGCCAAAAUAAAAGAGUUUGCAUCGAUUGAUCAUCGACCCACCAAACCCGGCGGCGCAACUCAACCAUUUCCGGCAGCCACCAGCACUGAAACCCACCUAUUGUCUUUGGUGUUCCUUUUGAUCUUCGACCAAGUUAUUCUCUCUCUUCUUGGUCUCUUUCAAUGGAGGCGAAGCUUUGGGGGCCCACCUCCACUUCCAUUUCCAGUCCCCUUUGUUCCAAGAUCUCAAGACACGUUUCCGCCUUUCGUAUUCCCGAUCGAGGUCUACUCAACAAUGGCAUUCUGUCAAUCCGAGCUUCUGCCGUUGGGCGUGGACAGAAAAGUAGGGUAGACGAGACUGAAAGCUACACACUUGAGGGUAUUAGAAAUUCUUUGAUACGUCAAGAGGAUAGCAUUAUAUUCAGUCUUGUUGAACGAUCUCAGUUUUGUUAUAAUGCUGAGACGUAUGAUCCCAAUCUUUUCAACAUGGAUGGAUUUUGUGGCUCUUUGGUUGAGUACAUGGUCAAAGAAACCGAAAAGCUUCAUGCAAAAGUCGGGAGAUACAAGAGCCCGGAUGAGCAUCCUUUUUUCCCGGACGACUUACCUGAUCCACUUUUGCCGCCAUUGGAGUAUCCACUAGUGCUUCACCAUGCAGCAAAUUCAAUCAAUAUUAAUAUCCAAAUAUGGAACAUGUACUUCAAGAAUCUCCUUCCAAGAUUAGUUAAAAAUGGUGAUGAUGGUAACUAUGGUUCAGCUGCAACUUGUGAUACAAUGUGCCUGCAGGCCCUGUCAAAAAGAAUUCAUUAUGGCAAAUUCGUGGCUGAAGCGAAAUUCCGAGCCUCCCGCAAUGUCUAUGAAGUCGCCAUCAAAGCUCAAGAUGGGGCCCAACUGAUGGAUUUGUUAACAUACGCAGCAGUGGAAGAGGCAGUUAAGAGGAGGGUUGAGAUGAAAACCGAGACUUAUGGGCAAGAAGUAACCAUGAAUGGAGUUGGAGAGAAAGCCGAGCCAGUGUAUAGAAUAAAUCCUGCCUUAGUUGCCGAGCUGUAUGGGGAUUGGAUCAUGCCUUUGACAAAACAGGUCCAGGUUGAGUACCUAUUGAGAAGACUUGAUUAAAGGAUAGUUUCAAAAGACAAAUUAUCUAAAUUUAAUGAGACUGAAAGUGCAUUGUUCCCAAAAUGAGAAAAUAUUUAAAAUUUUAUUAGACAUCCUAUGAUAACAUGAAUUGAAUUGGGUGACAGAAGUAAUUAACUUGUUUUUCAUGUGUUUGCGUAUGGUAUGGUGACUCGAGAGAACUUAGGGGUAAAUCAUACCAUGGAUUAGGUUACUUGUAAUGUGGACUCCCAUCUCAAAUGUAAUGUAGUGUGUUUCUAUUUAUUUUUGUACUUAGAUGUGUAACAAUAAUUGAGAGGAAAUAAAUGUGAGUGGGUUACACUUGAUUAUUUUUUUUAUUUUUAUUUUU